UAAAGAUCCUACUUUCAUUUUAGCUUAGUUUUGGUCGUUUUGAGUGAAUUUUGGCCACUCAAAACUUUCUUUGUUUUUCCCUCCAAAAUUCAAGAUGCCGCUAUUGCGACGACAGCCAUUUCACAGACAGAAACCCCCACCUGAUUUAGAUGGAGACGAAGAAGUUUUCCACUGUAAACUGACCAACGAAAUAUUUAGAGACUACGAGGAAUUCUUUGAGCGCAUUAUCCUUUGCAAUAGCCUGGUAUGGUCAUGUUCAAUCACCGGCCGAGCAGGACUAACAUAUCAAGAAGCUAUAGAAUGCGAAGAAAAGGCCCUGAAAAAUUUGGCUACCUUUCCUGGAUAUUUGCAGAAGCCGGUUUUAUUUCUGGCCAACCUUACUCAUCGAACUCGUCUGGUAGACAUGAAUGACGACAUCUUCGUCUUUGCUAAAGACCGUUUCUUCAUAGGCGAAGUUGCAGAAGUGAUGCUGGGCGGAGAGAGGAAAGCUUGCAAGAUUCUACGUGUAAUUCCACCAAGUACAGGUGUAUCGGAUGUGAAUGGAUGUAUUGUUAUAGACUCGGAUGAAGAGGAAGAAAGUGCAACCAAGAGGAAGGGAGGAGCCAUACUGCCAGCAGAACAAUACCGAUAUGUGGUCCAGGAGAGAGGCAAAAACAACAUCACAAUAACAGUACCCUCCAAACAAAUAAGUCGCAAAAAAGGCUUGUAUACGAGAGAUAAGAGCAAGUUGUUCCUUAAGCAGUAUUGUGAACCCCAUAUGGGCAUCUGGAGAGUCAAGAAUGACAUCGUGAUCAAGAAGGGGCUUGACAAGGCCAAUUUCCAGGACUUUUUCUCUGGCCCAGUGCCAGGAUUUGAAAUAACAGAGUCAAAGAGAAAAAUGCUGUCUGCCUCAAAGAAAGAUGAGGAAAUGGAGGAACAAGAAGUCACAGGGAAAAAGAAAAAGAAAAAGGAAAAAGAGGAAAAGCCAAAAAAAGAAAAGGCUGAAAAAUCUCAAAAACCAAAAGCUGAGCUUGAGUUAACUAUGGAACAAAAGGCAGCUCUCAAAGAACAGCUAAAACAACAGAAGAUUGCAGAAAAAAUGGCAGAGAAAGAAGAGAAAAGAAGAAAAAUGUUAGAAGAAAAACAAAAGCUAAGAGAGGAGAAACAAAAGGAACGAGAAAAGUUGAUGGAGGAACGAAGAGUCCAGUUAGAGUAUCUAAGAGAAUGGAAUCGUAUUCGUGAUGACAUGGAGUGUGAUGACCUGAAGGUACUACCAGAGCCUCAACCAGUAAUGACCAAGAUUCCUGUAGAGUCAUUUGGUGAUGCUGUUAUGGUCAUUGAAUUUAUCAAUAGCUUCAAAUCACUGUUUGAUUUGAAAGAGUAUUUUCCAAAGGGAUUUACAUUUGAGGUAUUAGAGAAAGCUUUGCUGGAGACUGACCAUAAUGGCACACUGACCGACAUCCUUCUCAUGAUGAUCACUGCUGUGUUCACCCUUCAAGAGGAGGAGGAGGAAGAGGAGGAGGCUCUGUCAAAGAAAGACAAGGGAGAUAACCAAUUGGUAGACAUUGUGGAUGUUACGGACGUAUCCAGUUACCAGCUGAUAGAAUCUGCAAGCAGUUACUCACAGAUCCCUCAGCUUAACCAUGGGUCCUUACUGAAGAAGUUGCCUCUGGAUUCCUUCACUCUGUCAGAGAUCCUCCGUCUUCACCUAUUGUCAUCAGGGGCUAGGGGAAAGGAAAAGAAUAUUAAAUAUCGCUAUCAACAGAGGGGUGGUUAUACGUCGCAGGAUGAUCCUGGACUGGACUUCAGGCGUCAGGAGCAGGCUAUACUCAAAAACCUCUCCUCCUUCUGUGUGUUUGACCUUGAACCAGAUGACAAGUUGAAGAUUCUACGUGUGCUGAUCCAACAGAUUCUGACAUAUGCAGCAACACGAGAUACCAUUGAGGAUAAUUAUGAGAGAUUGCGUCAGUUGAAAUCUGACCUUAAACAGAUGCAGUGGAGUGAGCACCGUCGGGAGCGUGAGGAAGCAGCCAUCAGAUAUAAGCGUCGCCAAGAAGAACGGAUGAUGGAACGAGAAAAAAUGGAACAAAAACGUUUGAAAAAAAUGCAAUUGUAUGAGGAAAGAUUGAGGUUACAAGAGAGUGGCCUACCUGUGCCACCUUUACCUGAGGAGGAGGAUGAUGAGACCGAUGUGAUCCGAUCAGAGCAGGAGAAAGAGCAAGAACGUCUACAGGAGGAGGAAGAAGAGGCUAACAAGAAAGCAGAGUUUGGGUUACAAGAGAAAGAGAUGAUUGACUCUAUAUCUCGCCUUCAGCAUGCUAGUCAGACCUAUCCUCUUGGGCGUGAUCGAUUGUAUCGACGAUACUGGGUGUUCCAGUCACUGCCAGGACUCUUCAUUGAAGAUUGUGAAAUGCAUGUCAAGGAUGAAUACUUGAAACCUGUUCCACAAAAUCCAAGCUCCAAUCCUUUUAUCAACAGUUCAGUUUUUGGGCAGCAGCUCCCACCUUCAGUAAUUCAAGUACCUCCUAAAAAGAAACUACCAGAAGAAAAUGGAAGUGACAAAGAGAAUGAUAGCAUGAACACAUCAUCCGUGAAUAAUAGUAUGAAUUUAUCAACAGCUGACAAUAGUAUGAAUGUGUCCAAUGUCAGCAACAAUACUCCAGAAAAUAAUACAUCCAUCAGCACUAAUCUAGUCAGCAAUGGUCCAACAGAAACACCAUUAAGAAAUGGUGCGAAUACUGAGAGGGCUGGUGAUGAGGUAGUGACAAUUAGUGAUGAUGACUCACAGCAAAGCAAAACAGAGGGUAUGGACAUCGAUCAAGGACCCCCAAUACUUGAUAGUCUAGCAAGUAAGCAAAUUAUGGAAGGUCCAAAGCAUAUGUGGACCUAUAUAUCAAGUGCAGAGCAGUUUGAGGAGCUGAUUAAUUCUCUGAACUCUCGAGGGUAUAGGGAAUCAGCUUUAAAACAAACUUUGAUAGAUCAAAAAAGCAGAGUGUUAGAACUUAUCGGAAAGUGUCCUGUGAAAUCUUUAUGUACUGCACCAGCUGUUCCUGAAAGACUGACAGAAGAACGAGAGCGAAGUGUGUCACCAGCAAUGGAAGGCACAUCCAAGAAGGCUCCAGUGAAAAAAAUGGCAAAAGGCCUAAUAAAGGGAGAUCAGGCACAGGAAGUGUUAGAAAUAAAUCUUAGGGAGUUGUUACUGGAUCUGGAGGAGAGAGUAUUUGUAGGAAGCCUGGGAUCUCUCAAGGUUAAAGAUCGAUUUGUAUGGAGAGAUGCUAUUGAGCAUGGCAGCUUCGACCCUCAGACAAAUGAUCCUGUUUUCGCUAAAUUUGAUGAAAAGAUUGAAAAGGACGAUGAUGACUCUUCCUCUUUAAGUUCUGAAGGAUCUUCUGAAUCCACAGUCAAAGACCUUGCAAAGGCUCUGCUUCAGAUAGAGAAGGCAGUUGAACCCAAGUACAUGACACCACCUCUAGGUGAGAACGCUGAAAAGCAGAAGUUAAAGCAGCUUAAAAAGAAAAAGAAAGAAGAAGAGGAAGAUAGUGAUGGAGAAGAAGAGGACACUACUAGGAGUCAAGGACGGUCCCUGUUAGAGAGAUGGGAGGAUUCCCUGCUGUACUCUACUAGUCUGUCACAGAUAUUCCUUCAUAUGGCCACUCUAGAAAAGAGUAUAGCCUGGUCCAAAUCAGCCCUCCAUGCACGGUGUCGAAUAUGUCGCAGGAAGGGUGAUGCUGAACAGAUGUUGCUGUGUGAUAUGUGUGAUCGAGGUCACCACAUGUAUUGCCUAAAGCCUAGACUUAAGAACGUUCCCUCUGGAGACUGGUACUGUCCAGACUGUAAACCCAAGGAGACCAAGAGGAGCCCUCUGAAGAGUCGACGGCGUACAUUUAGCGAACAGUCAGAAGAUGAAGAAGAUGAUGAAGAAGAAGAAGCAGAUAGUGAUGAGGAGGAAGAGGAAGAUGGUGAAGAGGAAGCAGAAGAGGAAGAGGAUGAGGAAGAAGAGGAAAACAAUGACAACUUGUGUGCUGUGUGUAGUAAGGCGGGCAUGCUCAUCUGCUGUGACACAUGUCCCUUAUCCUAUCAUCUGGCCUGUGCUAAACCUGCUCUCAAGAAGGUACCAAAGGGCAAAUGGCUCUGUCAGAUCUGCUCUGGUGUAGGAAAGCAGGGAAAGAUCAAAUUUCCAGGGAAAGGUGGAAAGAAAGCUUCAAAGUCAACCCCUACCUCAAGUAAGGCAUCCUCUAGGAAGGGAAGUCCUCGUGAUAGUCCCGUCACAGUGAAAAACUCACGCAAGAGGAGUCGACCAGCCUCUCCAAUGGAUGAGGUUAAACCAAAGCUUAAGAAAGCUGCUAAGUCCAUGUCAAAACUGGCUCAGGAUGUAAAUGGAGAUGCUGAUAUUAAGCAAGUUGCAACCACCAGUUCACGAGGCAAUUCCAAAGUACAACAUAUGAAGAUUUGUGAAGACCUUGUCCUUGAAUUAGUUAAACAUGAAGACAGCACGCCAUUCCUGAAACCUGUCAGCAAAAAACUGGUUCCAGAUUAUCAUGACAUUAUUGCAUGUCCAAUGGACUUCUCAACAAUCCGUAACAAGAUCAAUAGUUUUAUAUAUACGGAUGCAUUAAGUAUAGUGAAGGAUGUACGACUCAUCUUCGCCAACUGUGCUCAAUACAACAAAAAACAGACUCCUGAGUACAAAGCUGGAGGGCUUCUUUCCAAGCUGUUUGAGAAACGACUCAGGGAAAACCACAUAGACACUGAUGAUUUAACUCCACCCAGCAAGAAACAACGACGCACACUAUAGUGUUGAUCGUAGUGUCCAUUUUGUAUAGAACUGGGUAAAGGUGGUUAUCACCUUGAAAUAUUUUUUUUGUGGCACAAUUUAUAAGUGCAUAUCAAUGGCAACAUUUUGCAAAUUGAGUAAAUUUGUAGUAAUUUUGGAUUUAAUUGAUCUUGUGCAUGUGAGAAAUUGUUUUCAAGAGUUAAUGCAAGGUUUCAGUUAUCAGUAUGAAAUUAUGGAUAUUUGUGAAUGCUAAUUUGUUACAAUGUUAACUUAAAUAGUCCGUUUCUCAUCUUUGUUAUGAAAAUAUGAUGUGUGAAGUAGCACUUUUAACUGAUUGAAGUAAACUGACACUUGAUGUAGAAAUCCUGACCUAGGAUUGAUACUGAGAAAGUGUUACUACUACCUGGUAUGUCUGGUUGGUCUACCUGGUGUCCUUUUACCUGUGUUAUAAAUUAAAGUGCUCAAAGUCAGAAUUCCAUUUAAGGGUUUGACUGUAAAAUAUAUACAUGUAAGAAACUUUUUAUAUAAAAUUAUAGAAGUGAAUAUCAUGCCAACAUCCAAGAUUUCUUAACUAACAAUGCUUGGUGUUCAAAAUACAGCAGUAUUGUCAGUCUGUUAUUAAGUAUGUAGAAAAAUGACAAAGUGAUAAAAUAUUUAUUAUAAACACAGCACCAUAAGUUUGUAGGAUAUGUGCCUUUUUUAAUUAGAACGAAACACAGUGAAAGAAAAAAGGCGUUAGUUGGUUUGAUUUAAAUUUUACAUUUUAAAAGUUUAGCUCCCUUGGCACAAAAUGUCUACAAUGUCAUGUUAUGAAGCAGCAACUGUUAUCUUUUUUCCUUCUCAAAAAUAACUUGCGUCGUGAAUGAAAAGCAUUUUGAUAUCAAAGGGACAUUACUCUGUGUACAGUUGCAGUGUGGUGCAAUAAUGUAAAAUACGAGAUUGAUGAAAAGACUCUGAUUUAAUGAGCUUUUGGUAAGUGUGAGGAGUUCCUUAAUCACAUGAAAUAAGAGUUUUAACAUCCCUUUAAUGGCACACAAAGAAAAUUGUUUUUGAAUAUUUCAGGAAGAAUACUUUACCAUGUCAUUGACUGAAUAAUCAUGUGUUUACUACAUUUUCUAUUUAAUUAUCUAGCACAGGUUAGGAUUUAUUUCAGAAGAAAAAUGUUGUGUUCCAUUAUUUCUAUACUGCCAGGUCUGUAACAUGCCAUAGCUCUCAUUAGUACCUUCUGUAACUCGUGUCUCGUUGGAAUAGUGCUGUAACUUGUUUAUAAUGGAUAGAGGGAACAAUUUAAUGAGGAUAUUAGUGUAUAUAUAGAAUUCUUGUUUAGAUGUGGCUAAUUAGUACAUUUUGUAUAAACUUUAAACUCCGUAUCUCGGUAAAUAUUACACUCUUAAUAAACCAAUAUGGUUUAGAAAAAGAUUGUAUUGACAUUGCUAUCAUGACUUGACCCAUUAUUUUCAGAAAUGAAUGACUAUCAUUAAUGAAACAUACCUUAUUGCAUGUGUUCAGUUCAUGUGUAAGACCUAUGAAAGGUAAAUUCUAUAAACCUAGUUAUAGACUAAAGAUGAUAAACCAUAAUACUUGUUCUGUCUUACUGUUAAUAUCAUAUUAAUGUGAUAGUGUUUAUAUGUUUAUUUAACUCAUAAGUCACUGUUAUAGACAGAAAUAACUAGGAAUUAUUAUCAAGCAAAGCUAUGAAUGGAAAGUGUUAUAGGACCAAAAGUUUGUUUGUACUGUGUGUUGGUGUGGUUAUAUGACUGUUUCACUAUUUAUCUUCCAGAAAUAGAUUUUGUCUGUGUUAUUAAUUGCUGUACUAUUAAAUUAUUGACAACAA